AUGCCAAUCCAACAUUUCCGAUUGAUUUUGCUAGAUUUUUCAUCGUCGGAAAAAGAAUUUCAUUCAAUGCUGAGAAACAAAUUUCAAGUACAACAAUUGGGUCAAAAGAAAUGGAUUGAAAAUAGAGAGCAAUGGUUAUACAACCCGAAUCUCAACUUUGAUUUGGGACCAUGUUUUAUUCCAAUUGAAUUUAUGAAUGAUAAAUCCUUUGUGUUGGAUUUUAUCAAAAAGUACAAAACUGGUCUCGAGUCUUGCUCUCAUUUACUUUUAGAGGAUCGAUCGUUUGUGCUGGAAGCAAUCAAACAUGACAAACAUCCAUCAAUUCCAGUCAAGUUUUUUCGAGAUUUGGAGUUUAUUCGAGAAGCAGUGAAAUAUACUUCCCUUAUUGAUGUUUCUUAUUAUUAUCAAGAGCUGACUCAGGAAAGGGAGUUCAUGUUGCAUCUUUUGAGCCUCAAUGCUCGAUUCUUCAAACAUGGACCUUCUGAAUUGAAAAAUGAUCGAGAAAUUGUGCUACAAGUUGUUAAACAAUGUGCUUCAAUGAUAGAAUUUGCAUCGGACAAAAUUAAGAACGAUCAGGAAAUAGUUUUAGAAGCUGUAAAGCAAGAUUGGUCGGUUAUAAAACUUGUAUCCAAAGAAAUGCGCAAUAACAAACAAGUGAUGUUACAAGUAGUCAGAGGCUAUGGUGGAAUGUUGAUUCAUGCAUCUGAUAUGCUGAAAAAUGAUAGAGAGCUAGUGUUAGAAGCCAUUGGAAACUAUUCUCUUGCAUUUAAAUUUGCAUCCUAUGACCUGCAAUUUGACAGAACCUUUGUUGUAGAUGCCGUUUCACGAAAUGGAGAUGUAUAUUCACAUGUAUCAGAAGAUUUUAUUCAUGACACUGAGAUUAUUUUCAAAGCAUUGAGCACUGGUAGUGAUAUAUUGUCAAGAAUUCCUAACAGUAUUAAGAAUGACAUUGAAUUUUUAUUAGAGGCAUGUCAUUGUACAGGAUUGGCUCUGAAAUAUUUACCUGAUCAAUUUAAGAGUGACCGAAAGUUUGUGUUUCCCAUUAUUCAACGAUAUGGAAAUGCGUUAGAGUAUGUUUCACAUGAACUGCAACGAGAUAGAGAGUUGGUUUUUAUGGCUGUCAAACAAAAUGGUUCACUCGUGCAGUUUACUUCGACAGAGCUUCAGGCUGAUAAAGAAAUUGCUUUUGCAGCAGUUCAAAACAACCCAUAUGUCAUAGAAUAUAUUCCUCCAGAAGUGGAUUUUUACAAAGACCUCGCAUUGCUGGCAAUUGAGAGAGAUGUUGAUUCAUAUAAAUACAUUUCUAAGAAAUGGCAAAGAGAUAGGAACAUUUUGAAUCAACUAGUCACUUUGCCUGCUUUCAGAUUAAUUCUAGUUGAAGACAUUUUAGACGAAAUAGAGAGCAUGAGCGAAUUUUUAUUGGACGCCAUAGCAGCGAAUAACAUUUAUAUUCUUUUUGAUGCUCCAUCUGCGUUACUGAGAGAUCGAGAAUUUAUAUUACAAGCUGUGAAAAGAAAUGCUCUAGUUUUACAGUAUGUAGAAGACGAUUUGCGAAACGAUUCAGAAAUUAUUUUAGAAGCACUAUUAAGGCAUGGUUAUGUCGAACAGUACAAUGAAUGGCAAUUCAAGAUGCGAAUGCAACAUUGUUAUUUGGAUUGCUAUCUCGCUCAAUAG